AUGUCUAGAGACUUCUCCGCCGAAUACUUCACCACAGUUUAUUCAACAAAAUGCCAAGUUGAAAAUACAUUCUUAACUUCCAAAGAAGGCCUGCAGUUUAUUUGCCGAGCAAUUGGGCUUGUCGCUUUACCAGUUCAAGUUUUCACCGGCUACUGUAUCCUGAAGAAAAGCCCGGAAUGCAUGAAGCAGGUGAAGUUUGGCCUUUGGAUCCUGAAUGUCUGGUAUGCAAUCUCUCAACUCAUCUACUCAUUCAUCAUCACUCCAUACAACUAUUUCCCGUAUCUUGCUGGCUUUUCAGUGGGCCUUGCGACAAAUCUAGGAAUUCCAACUCCAGUCCAAUAUUAUUCAAUGUACUUGGUCAGUGCUGCCGUCCAUGUCUCAAUGCUGUUCCUGUUCGAGAACCGCAGCAGUUCAAUAGCUAGGAACCGGUUUCGCAUUAAGAAAACGUCGACUCGAGCUUGUCUACUUGCUUUGAGCUAUAUUAGCGAUAUGCUCCCACUGACACCAAUAUUUUUGAAUCUUCCAGAGCAGAACAGGGCGAGACGGAUUGUUUUAGAGAGCCAUCCCUGCCCGACGAAAGGGUUCUUCCUCGAACCCGCGUUUGUCUUCGCCGCCGAAGGAUUUUUCGAGACCUACAUGCUCAUGGCUCGUCGAUCCAUAUACUUCUUCAGAACACUAAAAAUUCUAUUCUUCUCCUCCUGUAGUAUAUACUACCUCUUCAUCUCUAAAUCCUCUCGAGUAUCCGCUCAAACUCGUCAGCUACAAAUUCGUUCCUUCGUAGGAAUAGUUAUUCAAUUUUGUAUCCCAACGAUUUUCAUCAUAGCGCCACUAAUUUUAUUGUUACAAAAGGACAAGAAUAAUGGUGGGUAUAGCCAAAUUGAAAACACUAUUCUGUCAGUUAAUUUUGUGCUUCAUAGCUUUGUGGGUAGUCUGUCAACUCUACUAGUACAUGGCCCGUAUCGGAAGUUUUUAAAGUCAAUAUUAUGUUGGAAAAAGGGUAGUGUAGCAAGUUCUAGUGCCGUUUCACUACAGUGCCCACGGAAAUGA